GGAGGAGGUAUCAUUGCUACUGGGAAGACAGGACAUCAGAGAAGUACUCCACUCCAGCACUAGCCUCUCCCUUUUGUUCUUUGGCCUUUAUUCCUUCAGCCCUCUCUGAAUUCUGCUCACCUGAUUUCUCUCUCCAUUCCUCCUGUCCUCUUACUUCCUGCUUUCUACCUCCAUAUCCUAGCACCUAGUCUCUGGCUCUAUCUUUCUCCUGGCAUCCUCCCUACACUUCCCUCCCAUCAUCUCUAGCCUGUGCUUCCUUGGAGGGCCUAUUCAGGCCUCCUUGGAGGAGAGAUGCUGUGGGAGGUGAGAUCCCUAGCCCAACUGCUGCUACUGUUGCUGGUUGCCAGAGCAGGGACUCAAAUACCCAGGAAAGAAGUCCAGGUGGUAUGGGCUAAAGAGGGUUUCCCUGUUCAGCUCCCCUGCAUCCUCUCAAGCAUCCACCAAAACCUCUCUAGGAGGCACAGUUUUCUUUGGAGGGUGACUGUCACCUGGCAGCGCUGGCAGGACAGGACUCCCCAAGCCAGCUGGUACACAGUGUUCAGGGUGGGGCCAGGUGGUUUGCGGAGUGUUAGGCUUCCCCCACAGCCCAGGCUGCAACUAGGAGGGCUCAGCCUCCACCAGGGAGAUUUCUCACUAUGGCUGCGCCCAGCCUGGCUCACAGAUGCUGGGGAGUACCGAGCCCGGGUCCACUUUGAGAAUGGUGAUUUGAGAUGUCACCUCUGCCUCCGCUUUGGCCAAGCCUCUGUGACUGCCAGCCCUCCUGGGCCCAUUAUAACCUCAGGGCUGGUCCUUCUGAACUGUUCUUUCAACCGUCCAGACCUCCCGGAAGCUGUGCUCUGGUCUCGAGGCCGGGUACCCAUAAUCCCAUCUUCCCGGCAUUUGCCAGUUGGGAGUCUACUCUUCUUGUCCCACGUCACUCUCUCAGAUGCUGGGCCUUGGGACUGUCACGUUAUCUACCCAGAUGGAUUCAAUGUCUCCAUUACCCACCACCUCACUGUCCUGGGUCUGGAGCCCCUAACCCAGAAGACGGUCUAUGUGGGAGAAGGAUCAAAGGUGGAGCUCCCCUGCCAUCUCAGCCCUGCUCUAGGAACUAUGCCAGGGCUAAUUGCCCAGUGGACCUUACCUUGGGGCAGAGGCAGCUGCCUUGUGUCCGGAGAUGACAAAAGCAGCUUUGCCCUGAGGCUGGACCAUGUGAGCAGAGCCCAAGCAGGGGCCUACAACUGCAGCCUCAGUUUUCAAGGGCAUCAGCUCAGUGCAGUGGUCACCUUAGCUGUCAUUACAGUGACUGCUAAAUCCUUUGGAUCUUCAAGUUCCAGAAAAGGGCUGCUUUGUGAGGUGACCCCAACGUUGAGGCAAGAGCACUUCCUGUGGACCACCUUGGAUAAUCAGACUCUGGAAAACCCACCAGGGCCCUGGUUGGAGCUGGGAGAUGAGGAGCUACAGGUCGAGCAGUGGCAGUGCCGAGUAUAUCAAGGGACACAACAAUGUGGAGCUGUAGUUUACAACCUGGGGCUUCAGGGCACAGGUGCCCAGCUCUCUGGGAGGAACCCAAAAGUCCUGAAAGGAGGGAAAUAUCUCCCUCUUCUCGUCAGCCUUGGCAUUUUACUGCUUCUCUUUUCCGGGGUAGGAGCUGCUGUGUUUCGCUUACGACAAAGCAAGCUGCCUGGGAGUUUUUCUGCCCUGGAAGAUGCAGCUCAGAGGCCUCAGAGACAAAACAAGACAGAAGAAAUGGAGCCAGAGAGCCAGUGUCAGAGUUAGAGCCUGCAACAUUGGCAGGAGUGGUCCUGACAUAAAGAUGGGACAGUCCUCUGAAAAGCAGCUUCUUCCUUCCUCCAGAUUUGCCUUUCCACACCAAGUAAAUGCCACUUUCUCAGCAGGAUGGCCUGUGGUUCCUCCAUAGCCUAUGCCUCCUCUAUGUUUUUGCUUCCCUGGGAGACCCCCAUGACCCACCUCUCCCAGGGCCUACCUGGCUCCUCAUCAGCUUAGUUUGGUUUCUGUAGUACUUGUAAAGUUUUACAAAGCACUUUCUCCCCAACUCUGUGAGAUGGAUGGUGCAAAUAUGAUGUGGUCUCCAUUUUACAUAGGAGGCUCAGAAAAAUUAAGUGAUUUACCUUUGGUCUUCCUCUCUCUCCAUUUGUCUAUUUCUG